AUGCUCCCCCUACCCCUGCCGCUCUUUUUACUCUCGCUCUCUGCCUUCGUCCCGCGCGCCGCAUGUUCGGUCACCGUCUACGGCCAGCAAGGUGUCACCACCCCGUCUGGGCUCGCGACCUCCGCGUCGGCGACCGCGACCACGGCUGAUUGGAUCGCCGCCCUCGCCGCCUACAACGAUGUCACACUCACCGUGCCCGCAAACCCAUCGCCGGCCCCCACCGCGUUCGCAGUCUCGGUCGCGAACCAGGCGAGCAACGUGAACGGGCUCUCCGUCGCGCAGGCGGGCGACUUCUUUGGCUUCUCCAUCGAGAUGUCCGUCGUCCAGCAAGUCAUUGGCAAGAACGGGUCGUAUCUCAUGGUGCCCUUCCUCAACCUCCUUGCUUCCGUCGCGGAUCGCGCUGGGCGGGUGCGGGUGCGUGUCGGCGGAAACACGCAGGAAUAUGCAACGCUCGUGGCGAGCUUGGCAGACAACGCGAUCAUUGAAAAGGACAAGGAGAACACAUCGAACCCGACGAACACGCCCACCCUCGACUUCACUACCGGCUUGCUUUACAUGAUGAGCAAUGUCUCAAGUCUGGUCGCCGUCAAGUGGUAUCUCGGAAUCCCAUUCAACGAUACGAGCAAUCUGCGACUACAGAUCGCGGAAGCUGGAGAUGCGAUUCUCGGAGACAACAUACUCGCAUACCAAGUUGGAAACGAACCGGAUCUUUACGCUGCUCACAACCAUCGUGCUUCGACGUACAACCAGACGGAUUACAUCGCAGAGUUCGACAUCAUGGUCAAUGCCAUCAACGCUAACAGUCUCAUCACCACCAAGAACAAUCUAGUGGCCCCAGUGUUUCCGGAACCUGGUCAUUGGACUCCUUCCUCGCUCAGCAUCGUGUCCGUUGAGCACUACCCAGACAACAACUGCGCGGCCGCAUACCCCAAUUCCGGCUUCGGCGAUCCCGUGGAUCCUCAGACGGUCAUUUCCAACUAUCUCACCCAUGCCAGCGGCCAGUCCAUCGUCAGCCCGUAUCUCAACGGCGCGCUAGAAGCCGCGGCCGCUGGCAAGGAGUUCAUGAUGUUCGAGACGAACACCGCGUCCUGCGGUGGUUUCGAGGGUGUCAGCGACGCGUUUGUAUCGGCUCUGUGGGCAGUGGACUACGGUCUGCAGAUGGCAUACUCCAACUUCACGGGCGCUCUCAUUCACGUCGGUGGACAGGACGUUUCGUAUAACCCUUUCACCCCGCCCCCUACAAACCUGUCCUCAUUCAAGGAAUGGACUGUCGGCCCGACCAUGUACGCGAGCGUCGUCCUCGCCGAGGCCCUCGGCAACACGGGCACCGCGCAAGUUAUCGACCUCUUCGCGAACAGCGCAAACGCCUAUACUCCAGGAUACGCCAUCUACGAGAACAGCGCCCUUGCUCGCAUCGUGCUCGUCAAUUUCAUGACCGAGGCCAAUGGCACCGGCAGCUACACCGCCACAAUUUCUGUCGGUGGCGGGGAGACCGGCGAGGCGUCGAGCACACCGUCGUCCGUCAAGGUCAAAUAUCUCUCUGCGCCGACCGUCGUGGAGAAGGACAACAUCACCUGGGCGGGCCAGACGUUCGGAGGUCGUUUCCAGGCUGACGGGCGCCUCUCCGGCGAGGAGUCAAUCGCGACCAUCUCGUGCGACACCACCGCGGCGACCUGCGCCAUCCCUGUUCCGGGCCCCGGAGUCGCGGUCGUUUUCCUCUCCUCGAAAGCGCAGUCAGACGCGGACCCGACGACGACGCAGACGUUCGCGACCACUGUGCUCACGAAGACUGCGAACACCGCAACGAUCGACCCGAGCGUGCUCGCGACCAGCAACGGCAUGAACGGCCUCGACCGCGCAGAGCUCGGUGGUACAAGUCAGGGUGGGGCGAACGCCGCGGCGCCCUCGGCCCGCAGCAUCCCGGGACUCGCGGUGCUCUGCGCGCUCGCGGGCGCGGUGUGGGUCCUGGGCGGCGCGUCCGGCCGACGGUGA